AUAAACAGGAAUUUAAAAACAUGGUUUCAACCCGAUCAGCUGAUCGUGAAUGACACUAGGGACACUAGGGACUUAUGUUAAUCUAAUGAAUGAUGCUGAUUGGCUGAAACUUGUCCUACGUGCAGUUUUUAGUCUGUUCUUUUUAGCUGAACUGGCUACACUAGUUCAAACGUUGUCUUUACGAACAUAUCGCGACGAAAACGGAUACAGAUGUCGCUGCUGCAGUCUCAAUUUAAAUCAAAUGGAAAAGUCGUUACUUCCUUCGGUUGGAGUUCCUGGCGAAUGACGGAGUCUUGGAUGAGCCCGCCAAGAAGCAACGCUUUACUCGGUGUGUAAUGCGUCUGAUUUUUUUUUUGUUUGAGUGUUUUCCCAAGUAUUAUUUCCGAAUACGCGUUAUGUCGUCAAAACUUGUGCUGCUGCAAUAAGAAUUAAAUUUGACAGCGUUGUGUCUGUGAAAACUUGACACGAUUCGGGGACGACGAUAAUCUCUUUCAGCCUCAUCAUGAACAUCAAAUCGAAGGACGAGAUCCGAGAUAUAAUUGCGAAGGAUCUUUUGAGUAUCCACAAUCGUAGCGUGGAAUUACGGAAGCAUCUCGAUGAAAACUUCGAGGACAGUGUGACUUAUUUUAGAGCAUUGGUUUCUCAGUUGUUGCAACCUUCAUCUGGACCGGUAGUUACGAAGACACCGAAGAUUCUGCGGAAGAAAGCGAUUCAACGUAUUGAAACUAUACCAGAAGAUGAGGUACUUCAACAAGAGGAUAUUUCAUCAGCGGAUUCUCUUCGAUCUACUAAUGAGCAGAAGAAAGAAACAAGCGAAGAGGUGGCAGGUGGUAGAUUGAAGAGAAGUGCAUCCAAGAAAGCAGCAGAUAAUAUUAAAAAACAAUCAACUAAUUUCGAAAAAUUGGGAAACUCAUUUGAUGAGAAUAAGAAUGUCUCUGUAAAGAAGCUAAAGAGAGAAAAUCAGGCCAAGAGAAAGAAGUCUAUGACGAGUAGUUCUGAUGAAGAGGACACUAAGAGUAGUUCUAAGUAUAGUAAAGUAGAUGAGAAUCAAAUGGAAACAAAAAGAGCUACGAGGAGAAUAACAAAGAAAAAAUCUGAACAAGUUGAUCAACCUAUAGUGGUUCUUCAGAAAAUUGAACACAUUGAAAAAAUUGAAAAAGAAAGUAUUUCCAAAUUGUCACCAUCAAUACGUUCUACUAGAUCAAGCUCUAAAAAAUCCUCAAAAAAAGAAAUAAAUAAAGAUAACAAUGUAACAUCAAAUACUGAUGACAUUGAGGAACUAUCUAUGUACGAGGAUGCAAUUGGAAAACCUAUUCCAAUUAUGAAUUCAACUUUAAAAUCUAGUUCUUUAUUGCCUGGAAAAGUAUUAAACACUACAGUGGUAUUAGGACGUUUGUCAAAACAGCAAAAAUUAAAUGAAACAGUGGUAAUAAAAAAAGCAUCAAUUGAAAAGGAUAGACAAUCAAAGAAAAGAACAAGUGUGAGGAUUAAGUCGGAGCCAGAUGAACAAACUACACGAUGCAAUGAUUAUAAUGAAUUAAUUACAGAUGAUGAAUCAUCGCCUGAAGUGAAAAGACGGAAGAAACAAAUUAGUAAGAAGGAAGUAAAAUCUGUGUUAUCAUUGUCUAGCGAGGAUGAAAUUCCUAAUACACCACUGAAAACACGUCUUAAAGACAAGAUUACGUCCACAGUCCCACAGAAAACUAAAAUUCCAUACAAAUCGAACGCAUUAUUUAGUCCUUAUGCAAAAGAAUCUGUAAAGAAACGAGUUGAAGCUUUUGAACAAGCAGUGACGUAUAGUCCCAAGUCAAUUGACGUAGACAUAGCUCCAAGAGUAACUAACAAAACUCGUGCAAUGGCCGCUGCAGAGACUGAAGCAGAAACGAGAAAUACGACGCAAAAUGUAGCGCAAAUAUUAGCUCGUAAAUCACUUGCAAAAGCAAAGCGGAUUUCAUUAGCAAAACAAAAGAAAGGUGAUGAAGAAUUUAAAGAGAAUAAAGAGCAAAUGCCAGGACAAAUUACCAAAUCAUUAUUGCAUGAUAAAGCAACUAUAAAGCAAACUCAACUGCAAAAAAUGACACCUUUAACCAAGGCAAAGAUGGUACAGCUUUCAAUCCCUCGUAUUCAAACUCCCUCACAUGCUCAAAAUCUUUUGAAUGGUACGAAAGCAUUAACUGCUUCUCGCACGAAUAUCAUUACUAACGUGGAAUCCUUUAUUCAACCUCCAAAAAGCAUCAGUAAAACCAAUUCUUUGGAGAAAUUAGAAGAGAAAAGACGAUAUGAGGAAGAUGCAAGGAAGAAGAGAGAAGAAGCCUUGAGAUUACUGACGGAGGAAAAGAGAAGAAAGCGACAAGAGAAGGAACUUAAAAAUAAAUUGGCAAGAGAAGCUAAGGAGAAGCUAGAACAGGAGAAACGGCACAAAACUGAGAGAGAAAGAGAAGAAAAGGCAAGAGUAGCUCUUUUGAUCCAAGAAAAGCAACGCGAGGAAUUGGAGAAGAAGCGUCAUGCUCAAUUGCAGCGAGCACAAGAAAAAGAAGUACGUCGCAAACUGGAGGAACAACAGAGAUUGCAAAAGGUGCAGGAGCAAGAAGAAACUGAACGUUUGCUUGUCGAACAAAAACGUCGGGAACAAGAAGCUGAGAAACGUAAAGAAGCGGAAGCGAGAGCCCAAGCUAUUGAGGCGUUGAAACAAAAAAAUCAAAUGCUUGCUGCUCAAGCUAAAUAUAAACAAGCCAAUAAAGCUCAAGUGAUAAACUACGUAUUGGAUAGCGAUCCUGAUGAUGAUCAAUCGGAUGAUGAAAGUAGACCGAAACAUGAGAUACCAUAUUGGGCAAAGUCAGACGUUCGUAAAGCGGAACUUGCGAUGCAACGAUAUAUUGCACAGGAAUUUAUCUAUAAGUUCUUCGAUACUCGUAAAUGUACGCCAGAUUUAACUGAAUUAUUCCAUGGUAUUGAUAGAAGUCGAUUGAAACGUACAUCUAGUGCAAUCUGGAAAACACCGCCACGUAUUUCCAUGAUGGAAACAGACUAAAAUAUAUAAUUAAAUUUAAUGUUACACUUAUAAAUUUUUAUGUACCGAACAAUAAUAGCCAUUAUCAUGUGCAUGCAGCACAUAGGUAAUAUUUAAUUUUUUUGCAUGUAUGUAAAAAACAUGAGGGCAAAUUGUUUAUCCUGAUGUUUAAUUUGAUAACUCGUAAUUUCCAUUACUUAUUUAUACAUCAAUUAUUAUAUAUAUUGUAUUCGAUAAAGAGAAAUUAAAGUCUGUAAUAUAUAGUCAAUGUAAUUAAUACACGAGUGUAUUAAAAAUUAUUUGUAUACAGUUGCAAGUCUGAAUAAUACUAAAUAUCUGAAUUCGAACGUGUCGAAUAAUGAUUUAAAUUACUGAAUUUGCGUAAAAUAUAUAUUAUUUCACUAAAAUUUUGAAUUUUACAAGUUUUCAUUACGAGGAAUCAAUGUUGCGAUAAAAUUAGUUGGCAGAAAUUUUCUUAGUAGGCAAACGUAGUGGUUUCAUUGCUCUUCUUAAGUAUACUUUUUUACUGAAAUUAAAAAUAGCUUUUUAAAAUAUCAGAUGAAUUAUACUUUUCCAGUGAUAUGAAUUAAAUGUCCAUACGUAAGUUCCAUUUUCUGUCCAAGUAAGAGUGUUUUUUGUGCCUCUACAGGUUUCAAAGAAUAUGUUGGUAUAUGUGUGUAAAUUGGUAUCUAUACAAAUAUACAAAAUGACUAAAAUCAAAAAUGUUCUUGUAAUAUAUAUAUAUAAUAUAAUAAAAAUGUAUAAAUAUUAUGCAAUAAAACAUUCAUCGAAGCAUACAUAAACAAGUAUGCACUCACAUAUGGCAAA